AUGCUCGGCGAGUUUGUCGACGAUUACUUUGUCAACGUUAUCGACGUUUUCGCAUCGUCGCAGUCGGAACGGAAGACUCCGCCAUUUCUGUGGACUUGGUUUUUUAGGUGUAAGAUGCUCAGCAAGCAGCAUGGCAGACGGAUCGCCCCGAAAGAUCAAGCAGACGGAUCGCCCCGAAAGAAGUUCUUACUUCCGUACGGGAAUAGGUUGCUGGCUCACCGAGUGAAUAUGAAAAUACAACAUUCGUUUCAAGCACUUUUUGAUUGUGCAGUCGCCGUCGUAGUGAAUUCUAUCCAAACUCUGGGAAUGAAACACCGAUCAAUGCGUUCCGGACUGUUAGUCUACAGUAGAUGGUACUCAACAAGUAAUUUCGGACGAUUCCUGAUGCCCAGUAAACAGCUCGCCACUCGUGCCGGAAAAGUUUGGAUCAAUGUGAGAAGAAUCUCGUCGAAACCGAAGCAGAAAUCGAUUAACUUCAUAGCGACGCCAAUUAAAUCGUCGCGUCGAACUCGUCGGAAUCUCAUAAGAUGA